AUGGCUCCGAUCAAGAAAAAAGCGCUAGUCAACUGCGAUAUGGGAGAAGCUUACGGGAACUGGGCUUGCGGCCCAGAUCUUGAGCUGCUUCCCUUGAUCGACAUCGCUAACAUCGCCUGUGGUUUUCACGCUGGUGACCCUCUGAUCAUGUUGGAGACAGUACGGAACUGCAAAUCUCACAACAUUCUGGUGGGAGCGCAUCCCGGUUUACCUGACAUCCAAGGGUUCGGACGACGUGAAAUGAAGCUCUCUCCGGAUGAGCUCACAGCAAUUACUAUCUACCAAGUUGGUGCUCUCCAGGGUUUCUUGGAUCGCGAAGGGGUCCGCCUCAAUCAUGUAAAACCGCACGGUGUUCUUUAUGGAAUGAUGUGCAGGGAUUAUGAGGUAUCCAAGGCUGUCAUGCUAGGGAUUCCUAAGGGAGUCCCUGUCUUUGGAUUACCUGGAACAAACAUGGAAAAGGCUGCCAAUGACUUGGGGAUCGAAUUUCGGGCUGAGUUCUAUGGCGAUGUCAAAUACGAUUCUAAGGGAAUGCUUGUGAUUGAUCGGAAGAAGAAGCCGUGGGAUCCUGCAGAUGUUGAGAAGCAUGUUCGGCAACAACUUGAGGAGCAGUCUGUGACGAGCGUUGAUGGGACUGUAGUCCCGCUCCCUAUCAAGGACUAUGAUGUAUCCAUCUGUUGUCACUCAGAUUCGCCAGGGUGUGUUGAAAUCAUCAAAGCAACGAAGAAGGUGGCGGACGAGUUUAAUAAGAAGUAUGGAUUUUGAGCGGAUGUGUACAUAUUUCCAGGUACAAAUCGGAAUCUUCAGUAUUCAAACCUUCGCAGGCCAGAAUAAGGGUGAUGUUGGGAAAUAGGGUCGAAUUUUUUGGUGCACAUUUCUGUCCGCUGACUUCCCUUGGGAAUCAACCCAUCCACACUGCAAGUGUCACUGAUAAGAACGGAGUAAAUGUAUCCCUCAUGGACCACGAAAUGGAAAGUUGUAUGUUCUCCCGAUGUAAAGGUUCGCGAAAGUAAGCGUGCUUUUCUCAUCUCGUAUUCUAACAUGAAGUGAUGAAUGGCGGAGAAUAGUAAGCCCUC